AUGUCACAAUCAAACUAUCUUGCCGUUGUCCCUCCUCCUCCCACAUUCGAUCCAGCGACCUACAAGCCAUUCGACGAUGAAUAUGAACGUACCAUCGAAAAAAUAUUGUCCGAGGAUGCCAGUUUCGAGUGCAAAGAUGACCAUUUUCCAGAAUACUCUGGCAGCCGGUCAUUAACGGGUACAUCGAAUCCGCACACCCCUCAAAGUGAGAGCCAGGCAGAAAAUUCGCGGAUUCUCUCCCGAUCUCAGUCUACCGGUAGGAAUAAGCUUAUUACAACCCCGAGGCGUGCGGCUCAGAGAGACAUCACUGUGAUCCAUCUGGACACCGACGACGAGGGAGAUGUUGACAUCGAUUCUCUACUUGAAGUGGAGAGUGCGAAAUUCGCUUCCAAAGAGGAUCACUCUCAAAGUAACACGAUUGGCCUUUCCUACCGCGAUAUGACGGACCCUCAUGAUCCCAUGUUCAGCAGCGAAGAUGUUGGCUCCAUGCUCAACAGAGAAGACGUGAGAAUCAGUGGCCAGGGUGACAAUCAGGAGCGCAAACAAGUUGAUGACCACCAUGAAUAUCCGGAUAGCCUCGACGAUUCCAUCCCAAUCGACAAUGAAGCGAGCCGUCAAGAUGCGGACUACAACUUCACCGACAGUCACCCACGUUCUUUUUCUCAUGGAGAUGGGAACAUGCUAAAGGAGUUCAACUUCAGUGACGAGGAAAAAAGGCUAGGUCGCAAUGAAAACAAGGUCACAGGAGACUCCGAUAUCACCGACGAUGAGAACAAUACCAACAAAGACAGCAACGACGACAUCCACAACAGUGAAGCUCUCCACGCGGAUGUCCAUAUCGUUGCCGAUGCCAAAUCGAACAGUGGAGGCAUACCCCAGAUCCCCACAAAUAGCGAAAUCUAUGACCUCGUUGCAGACCAGGAACUCGCAGCCGAGAAAAUUAGAGCCGAGGAGGAUGUCAUUUUCGCGUGUAUGGAGCCGUCUCGCAGGCAGGAGUUUUUUCAGUCUGUGCUCGCGCAUCCCUUUAUGCAAAAUCUGGAGGUCCCUGUUCGACAGUCUGCUCGGCGACAGUUUGUCAAGGAUAUGCGCCGAGAGGCAGCGUCAGUUGGGAUGAAUGCUACAGACAUUGAUACAUUCAUCGUCUACAUGCGCAGGGUUUUUAUGGAAAGUAUCAUCGGUGUUCCCGCCGAUACUACAGGAGACGUCCGAAACCUGAGAUUUGGAGAAGAGAUUAAUGAUGGGUACAAGUCUCGAAAGAGAAAUUUGAGCAACUCAGAGCAGGCGGGAUCUUUCUCUUCGUUGCAGGCCACACCGCAGCGCACUCCGGAAGUCAAUAAUGCCACCCAACCUCAUGUGGAACAAACUGUGCAAAGCAUUUCUCAGCGCAAUGGCUGUGGAAGCCUCUGCAAAGACAAGAAUGUGACAUUGGUUCCCAAGACUCCAGAGUACAUUUCCUGUGAGCAAUACCCGGCCCAGGGAUUUGGAACUGUGCAGAAGGGCUCUCAACAGGACAUGCAAAUAUCAAACCAUCUGAAUGAAGCAGAAAAUCUCGGAGCAAAACAAGCCAAUACUCAGGAUGCCCAGCCGGCCGAUGAUUUGGCUACUGUUGGGGAGGUGAUCAAUGGGAAUGAUCUUCCCUACGAACGGCAUAUCGAACUUGCCCCACCAAGAGUUUCUCUGGGCAGUCAACAUGACAGCCAGCCACCGAAACCAGAAUUGCCGCCUAUUGUUGAACGAGCAACCCGUCCCCAGAAGCUUCAGCGAAACCAAGGGCCCUCAUAUUAUUCAAAUGAAUGGAUAGGUUCAGGCAGUACCCUUGAACAAAGUGUCUUCGACCACACCGUUAUCGACAUGACUCUAAGUAGUCACUCCCCAGAACCCGCAAUCCCUAGCGAACUGCCAGAGGAAACAAUACCCGCCAUGACCAACCCUGAAAAAUCCAGUCAUAAUCAAGAUCAUCAAGCGAUGAGCCUGCACAAUGAUAAUGAGAAAGCUGCUGAUCAGUCUUCCAAGACGCAUGGUGUCAAGCCUGGCCCCAAAACGGAGCUGUCGCUUCCAGGGAAAAAAGCGAAGAAUUAUCGCAAAAAAGAAAAAAAGAGACAAAAGAAGCGCGAAAGUUACCUACACAUUCAGAAUGCGUCAAACGCAGACCAGCAGCGUGCAGAACGCCAGCAUACGCCCGUCCAUAGCGAAUCUACGGCAGUUGCGGCGACUCCUCCUUCAAGGACCUCAAACAGGAGCACCGAUAUGAUGAGGCAUGGGCCCUUGUCACCCAAUCCGGCAGAAUGUGAUGAGGUGUUGUCGAAGUAUUUCCCUGUCGUUAGCGCACCAAAACGCCAUGAAACCAGUGCCACUGCCACCCGGCACAUACCGAUCCCCGAAGAAACUCGCCAAAUUCUAGCGUGGACGGGUCUAGAUCUGGACUUUAUCUCGUCAGACUCUACGCUAAGUGACGUACUCAGCGAUAUCGACUGUGACGAUGAACUCCUGCUCCAUUCUACGAAUGAUGCUUCCACCGAAAGCACACGUUUUCUAUCGCCGCCGAUCACAUUACCACCUAGUACCCCAGUGAAACAGUCUUUUUCACUCCGGCCUGAGACUCCACGGCUUUCAAGGCCCAAACUUCCCACAGUCUCGCCUUAUUUUCCGUCCCUAUCGGGUGAUCCAGAGUCGUGUUUGCCAUUUCCACCUAUCGAUGCUCCAUCAUUUGGUCUCAUACAAGAACAGCUUGCCCACGAUCCCUUCAAGCUCAUAAUCGCGACAAUCUUCCUCAACCGUACUCGAGGCGGGGUCGCCCUUCCUAUCUUGUUCAGAGUCUUUGCUCGCUACCCGACUAUCGAUGCCAUGGCGAUCGCAAACCCAUCUGAGCUUGUAUCCAUGAUCCACUGCUUGGGUUUCCAGAAUCAGCGAGCAAGGAAGUGUAUUUCUAUUGCGCAGAUUUGGCAAGUCAGCCCUCCUGUCAAAAACAAGCGAUACCGCAAGCUUCACUAUCCCCGGAAGCUAGACGGUCGGGAUGUUGGUCCACUUGAAUGUGCCGAUGACGAGGACCAUCGGGUAGCAUGGGAGAUUGCGCACUUGCCCGGUGUUGGAGCCUAUUCGUUGGACAGCUGGCGCAUCUUCUGUCGAGAUGCAUUGCGUGGACUCGCCACGGACUGGAAAGGAACAGGUGCCACCACGGACGGAUUUGUUCCCGAAUGGAAGUCCGUUCUCCCCCAAGACAAGGAAUUGCGCGCUUAUUUGGCCUGGAUGUGGCUCAAGGAGGGCUGGAUCUGGGACCAUCACACAGGCGACCUAACCCCGGCAAGCGAAAAGAUGAUGAGGGCCGCACAGAAGGGCGGGGUGGCACACCAAGAGGAUGGUAAUUGGAUACUUGAAUGUUCGCCAGGGAGAAAGGCAACGAAUGGAUUUCAAGUGAGCUGA